AUGCUGCACUCCACGACAUCGACGAGUUCUUUUAUCGUCAAUAAAUACUCGAGGUCUCAUCCUUCUCCCUCGGCUAAUUCUUCCGGCUCAAAAGAAGACGGAGUGACGUCCUCCCAAAAUGCCGAAGUCGAAUGGCAGCACUUCACUAAUCCUACGAUACGACUCGUCUUAGACAUCAAGAAAGCGUCAACUGACGAGCUUGAGUCGGUUAGGCUGCGCAUUUUGUGGUAUAUGGAUUCAGGAGGUGCAGCGGAUUUUGGUAAGACGGAGCCUGUCGUGUUUGAGGACGUCGACUUAUUCUCGUUCUCUUCGUUGGACAAUAAUCACACAAAUACUGGUCAAGGGCUUCCUCUCAAAGCUGUCUACAGAGAUUGUGUCGUGGGAAUUCGGUAUCUACACCCGCAAACUGUACCUCUUUUCACCCUUCCCAUAUACCGUCGAUUUCAAGUCACCUUUGACUCUGCUCCAUCCGCGAAUCAAUUCAUCAACGCCAUUCGUCCCGUUUGUCCCUGCAAAACAAACAGCGCCGCAGCCCCUGUUCCUGCUCGAGCCGGAACCAUGGCCGGGGGUCCCAUCCCUCCUGGCCCUUUGUCAUCUGUCCCCGCCAAUCGACAGAUGAGCAUGAUACCAUCGGGCCUUGUUUCCUCUCAAACUGGCUCAACCUCGCUCACAAACCCACCACGUCUUCCUGUGCUUCGUCCUGCUGUCUUCACGCCUGCCGCUUCGAGCGUCGCGCCCUCUUCUAGUCCAUCUGGAACAAACUUCCCAACCAGUGACUCUACUACUUCUUUCUUCUCUCUGCCUGUCAACACCAGCUCUUCUCAGCCUUCUUCCGCUCCCAACGCUCAGGCUCAGAGACUCAAGGGCUAUAGCAGCGGAAUGCCUACGCCACCCUCCUUAAGCCAGACAAGCUCCUCUUCCCUUCCGGCUUCUUCACCUCCUCGACCAUCUUCUGCACUUCGUGAUGAGGCUCUCAUGCCGCCACCGCCUUUGCCCACACAGCCACGACCUUCUGGGGGCACUAGAAACGAUACCAAUCCUCCGCAGGACAACCCCUCAGUUGUCCAGACACAGCUUCCUGACAGAGAGGCAUUCUUGGACUCUUUGCGAGAUACGCCGGCGUUGUAUGAUCUUUCGCGCUCAGAACUGGAGAAACUGGUCUGUGAGGUUAUAAGGGAGCCUGGAUUUCUGAAGCUGCUGGAGAAGCUGGACACUCUGUGGGCGGUGAAGGGUGCAUUGGACAUCUGA